CGCCACUCAGCUGUUCAAGACCUCAUUCUGGGCCAUCAGCAUAUGGACUUGCUGGGCCAGAAGUACAAACAAGGGUCGGCCCAUAUUCUAGUACUCAACAACAAAGUCGGGAUCAACUCUAGCCAUUCUGUGCUGGUGCACAACUACUUCGCCGCGAACAUCAGCAGGGUGCUAGCUUCAUCCUACCAGGAGCGUCUCUCCCUUUGGCUCGCAAGAGACGCACGUCAAGCUUGCACGGCGAUACCACUACCCAGAAUUUGUUCUUGUAUCUGUUAGUCGAACGCUCGAGAAGCACGUACUGGGACCAUGUCACCGACAGCACAUGUACCACUGGACUCAACCUCACCUCCUCCUCCAAACACAAUCAAGUACAUCAUCAAGCCCAUAACAUCCGAAUCUGACAUUCCAACGCUGUCAUACCUUUCAGACCUCGCCCUGAAACCCGAUGGCUUCCACGCGUACCGGGAGCGCUACGCUCCGCUGAACGUGUACGAUGACUGCUUCGACAAAUUGACCAAAGCCUUCCGCAACACAAGAGCCCAGAGUGCUCUCUUCAAAGUUGUGCUGGUUCCAAACUCAGACGAUGGAGAGGUCGAGGAGACCAUCAUCGGCUUCUCGCAGUGGAAGCUCGGGUACGCAGAGGUGCCGAAAGUUGAUCCUUUUGCAGUCAAAAGAAAACCUCGCGAGGACGCCGUUGUUGAGCAGAGCAUGUCUGGUGUAGUGGUCGCUGAAUCGAGUGUUGAAGGAGAACCGCCCAGGAUAGAGACUCGCCCGACCAAAGAGGAGAAGCUCAAGCCCAAACCUUUCUAUUCUGACCCCUUCGAGGAACUGGCGCGGAAAUUGUUCAACUGCUAUCUCAGCAACAUCCGGGGAAAGAGGCAUCUGUGUAAGUUCUGCGCCUCACAGCUCUUGCCCGACUAGUUCCUGUUUCUGCCCCGACCCCUGAGUCGCCCCUGCCGGUGGAUGUGAAUCUGUC